UGUGACGUCGGCAUCAUGGCGUCCGCCGAGCCCGAGCGCAAGCGAAAGCAGCAGGAGGUGGUGGCGGGUGGUGGGGACACGGCGAUAGCGGAGGAGGAGGAUGAGGAGGAACGCUGGGUUGGGCCGCUCCCGGGGGAGGCCGCGCAGGCGAAGAAGAGGAGAGUUCUUGAAUUUGAACACGUUUAUCUUGAAAAUCUACCAUCAGCUUCGAUGUAUGAACGCAGUUACAUGCACAGAGAUGUUAUUACACACGUAGCAUGUACUAAGACAGAUUUUAUCAUAACAGCCAGUCACGAUGGACAUGUAAAGUUCUGGAAGAAAAUAGAAGAAGGGAUUGAGUUUGUUAAACACUUCCGAAGUCACCUGGGUGUUAUUGAGAGUAUUGCUGUUAGUUCAGAGGGGGCAUUAUUCUGUUCAGUUGGAGAUGACAAAGCAAUGAAGGUGUUUGAUGUAGUCAACUUUGACAUGAUCAACAUGCUGAAACUGGGCUACCACCCUGGCCAGUGUGAAUGGGUAUAUUGCCCUGGAGAUGCCAUAUCUUCUGUUGCAACAUCUGAGAAAAGCACAGGAAAAAUAUUCAUAUAUGAUGGACGAGGAAAUAACCAGCCACUUCAUGUUUUUGAUAAACUCCAUAUGUCCCCGCUUACUCAGAUACGCUUGAACCCUGUCUACAAAGUCGUUGUGUCUUCUGACAAGUCUGGAAUGAUUGAGUACUGGACUGGUACUCCUCAUGAAUAUAAAUUUCCCAAGAAUGUGAACUGGGAGUACAAAACAGAUACUGAUCUAUAUGAAUUUGCUAAAUGCAAGGCUUACCCAUCCAGUAUAAGUUUUUCACCUGAUGGCAAGAAAAUGGCCACUCUUGGGUCUGACAGAAAAGUUAGAAUUUUUCGUUUUCUGACAGGAAAGCUCAUGAGAGUCUUUGAUGAAUCUCUGAGUAUGUUUACUGAACUUCAGCAGAUGAGACAACAACUGCCUGACAUGGAGUUUGGCCGACGUAUGGCAGUUGAGCGUGAGCUGGAGAAAGUGGAUGCAGUAAGACUAAUUAAUAUAAUUUUUGAUGAAACUGGACACUUCGUUCUCUAUGGAACAAUGUUGGGCAUUAAGGUCAUAAAUGUAGAAACUAACAGGUGUAUUCGUAUCUUGGGAAAACAAGAGAACAUCAGAAUGAUGCAACUGGCUUUGUUCCAAGGAGUAGCAAAGAAACAUCGUGCUGCGAUCACUAUAGAGAUGAAGGCAUCUGAAAAUCCUGUUCUCCAGAAUGUUCAGGCAGAUCCAACAGUAAUCUGCACAGCUUUUAAAAAAAAUAGGUUUUACAUGUUUACUAAACGUGAACCAGAAGACACGAAGAGUGCAGAUUCUGACAGAGAUGUAUUUAAUGAGAAACCUUCUAAAGAAGAGGUCAUGGCAGCCACUCAGGCAGAAGGUCCCAAAAGAGUGUCAGACAGUGCCAUCAUCCACACAAGCAUGGGAGAUAUUCAUAUCAAGCUUUUUCCUGUUGAGUGCCCCAAAACAGUGGAGAACUUCUGUGUGCACAGCAGGAAUGGUUACUACAAUGGACACAUAAUUCACCGUAUCAUCAAGGGUUUCAUGAUUCAGACUGGUGACCCAACUGGUACAGGAAUGGGAGGUGAAAGUAUUUGGGGAGGAGAAUUCGAAGAUGAGUUUCAUUCAACUUUACGACAUGACAGACCAUACACACUCAGCAUGGCUAAUGCAGGGCCAAAUACCAAUGGAUCCCAGUUUUUUAUAACAGUAGUGCCAACCCCAUGGCUUGACAACAAGCACAGUGUGUUUGGACGGGUGACUAAAGGAAUGGAAGUUGUUCAGAGAAUCUCAAAUGUCAAAGUCAAUCCCAAAACUGACAAACCCUAUGAGGAUAUCAGCAUCAUUAAUAUAACAGUGAAGUAAGGCAGGCAUUGAAGGUUGCAGCUUAGGCAGAAAAAACCUGAGCAUGUUGGACCCAGAAAUGGACUUAGGAAACAUUUUUGAUAGCUCCUAGAUACAGUAAGUACCAGGACAGAGCGAUCACCAGUUCUACUAUUUUUAAUGUACCUAAAGUGCCCUAAUUCUGUAUUUCUGGUAACUUUGUAUUUUAAAGUAAAAACAUCUGCAUGUUUCUUAGAAAGUGUACUGUCUUUCUUGCAUCUCUUCUUUGCAAAAUUAAAGAUAAAAACCCCCACGAUGUCCCAUGAUAGUGUUUGUAACAUUUUCACAUUUACUUGCAUCUUCCAUAUUUGAUUAAUGUUUCACAGUACUGAAAUCUUUGACAAAGGAAAAGGUCAGAAAUACUAAGUUGAGUAAACUUCUCAAUCCUUUGUACAUAUAUCAAAAAUUAGAUUAAGUUUUGAUACUGUUUGCUAUGAAAAGCAAACAGUGUAAUCUACCUCUGUUCUUUAAAAAUUGUUGUGUAGAUGUUUUCUAUGUCCAAGAGCAACGAUCAGCUCUUAAAAUGCCAAUGUAUAAAGUCCUCUGCAAUUUGUUUGGUAUUUCCAGUGA